AUGGAUUUAGUUUGGUUAAAAGUGAUUCUUCUUAUUUUAAUGAUUAUUAUUACUUUUAUCGCUGGAAUGUUACCAGUUAAAUUGUUGAAAUUUUUACGUAAAAGCGCUGCGUCGGCCGAAACAUCUGCAAAACAUAAAAAUGUAGCACUUAUACUUUGUCUAUUGACGUGCUUCUCGGGUGGUGUUUUUUUCGCUACGUGUUUUCUCCAUCUUUUCCCUGAACUUAGUGAACAUCUCAGUCGGAUGAAACAUGAAUAUGACCUGUCUGUUACAUAUCCUGUUGCUGAACUUCUUGCCUGUGUUGGUUUCUUCCUCUUAUUUUUUCUUGAGGAAUCUUUUUUGUUCUUUUUGCCUGGACAUGGUCAUCCUGAAAAAUCAGUAUGGUCAUCGAAUUAUCAUCAGCAUCAUAGUCACAGUGAAAAGUGUGUUAAACUUUUUGGAUUGGCGUUGGCUGAGCCAGAAGCGUGCGAGACGAAUUGUGAUGCAGUUAAGGAGGAUCCACCAAUAUUAAUGAAAAGUCGGCCCCAUGCACAUAGUCAUGGUGUUCGGAGUAUAACUAUUGUUUUAGCGAUAUCUUUCCAUUCUAUCAUAGAAGGUCUCGCAUUUGGUGUACAGGACGAUGCGACAGAAGUUGGUACACUUUUUUUAUCGCUAAUAGUGCAUAAAGUGAUUGUUGCAUUUUCUGUAGGAUUGCAGUUAGCUCGUACACAUGCGCAUGCACUGGGUUGGGUAUGUGUAAGUAUACUUCUUUUGGCAACGAUGUCACCUCUUGGCGGUUUUAUUGGCAUGUUCGUGCAAAAUUCACAGAUGGAUAUACGCCUAAAAGAUUUCAUAAUUCUCAUUUUUCAAGGCCUUGCUGUUGGAACAUUUAUCUAUGUCACUUUCUUCGAGGUUUUGUUGCACGAAAGAGAUAAUGAACAUCCAAAUUUAUUAAAACUUCUCUUUAUGCUUAUUGGUUUUGUUAUCAUUGGAGCUUUACGUCUAUUUGACAGUCAUUCGCAUGAUAUUCAUUCACAUAAUAAUCAUGAUUUGUCGCCAAAAUUAGCCUCUUCUCUUCAUCGUUAA